AUGGAAGAACCCAAACCAGGUGAUCAUAUCUAUUCCGAUCGCGGUUCCUACUAUCACCACGGUAUAUUUGUGGGCGAAGCCGAGGUUGUGAACCCCAACAAAGAUAAAAGACGAAAACUAAGCCACGGAGUGAUUCAUUUCCGAGGAAUCCAGAGGAACGCCAAUGGCAAAGCAAGUGAAGCAGAAUGCCAAAAAUGUCUCCACAAGGCCGAUCAUAUGGGAGUUGUGUUAACAUGCAUCGAUUGCUUCCUGAAAGAAAAACGGCUCCAUCGCUACGAAUACGAUGUGUCGUUAAUUACCUUUAAUACUACGAGAAACGGGAGCUGCUCCACUUCCAGCUGCGAUGAGUCUGAUGUGGUAAUUAAGAGAGCGUUUGAUUUCUUCCAUAACCAAAGCUUCGGAGAUUAUAACUAUUACUUCAACAACUGCGAGCACUUCGCGACGGCGUGUAAAACUGGGAAGGCCCGUUGCAAUCAGGCCGCGUUGGGAGCAGGAGUGGCCGGUGUCGUCGUUUAUAAAGUUGCGAGACGAGUUACAAAGGGUAUAUUGUGGUAG